AAAGAAAGAAUCCACGUCCGCUGCUUUUCUCCUCUCUUUCCCCAAAUCGGAGCCCUAGCCCUAGGGUUUUGUAAGGAGCAGAGCAGGGAAACGAAAUUGCCCACCGCCACCUUCCUCUUCUCUUCCCAAUCCUCUUAGUCCCGCUAUCUUCUUCUUCUUGUUAACAUUUCUUACUAUCCUUCAUAGUACUUACAUAUAUAUAUAUAUAUAUAUUUAUAUUUAUACGCACAGUUGUAUAUAUAAUUUUCAGGGUUUAAAGGGAGGAAGUAAAAAGAAGAAGAUGGAGGAGGAGAGAGUAGAAGAGGGAUUGUCGCUGAUAAAGCAGCUGGCGGCUUGCGACAAUGGAAGCCGAGAGAAAGCUCUUCGCAACGUACUUGGAUCUUGGCUUCCCUCCCAAACCAGUAUCUCAGACGAUCUAAUGAAGAAGCUCUGGAAGGGACUCUUCUACUGCGUCUGGCACUCCGACAAGCUUCCGGCUCAGGUCGAGCUCAUCGACCGACUCUCUUCCUUGGUUCCCACUCUGGAUCUUUCGCUCUCGCUCCAUUAUUUGUCCGUUUUCGUGCUCACCAUGCGCCGAGAAUGGUCCGGCCUUGACGUGCUCAGGUUGGACAAGUUCUACCUCUUGAUUCGGAAAUUCUUGCACAAUGUCUUCGUUUUGUUGAGGAAUAAUUCGUGGGAUUUGGAGCUUUGUCGUCGUUUAAUGGGGGUUUUGGAGAAGUGGGUGUUCUUUGCAGAUGAUAAGUUUCAGGGGAAUGGUGUUAAUUACCAUAUUGUGUCUGUUUUCCUUGAGGAGCUUAGGCCUUUUCUGCCUGUUCGUUUGGAAGUGUUUGAUAAUUUUACAGUGCCUUUCCUUUCUGUUAUGCAAAAAUUGCCAGAUAAGGUCUUGUUGGCUAAGCUCAAGUCUAGUAUGUUUGAUGUGCUACUGAAGAAUGGGCAGAAACUUGUAGAGGCUAAGAAAUUGGGGAAGGAAAUCGAUUCCGGUGAUGAUGUGGAGGUGUUCGGGUUGAUAGCAUUGAACAUGGGAUUUUCAGGGAAGUUCUUUGAAUUGGGUUCGUCACCUGAGUGCUAUCAAGGUAAUAGGAAAGUGCUCUUUGGUUUGCAUGAGGAGUUUUUGAAGUUAGAGAAAGAUUUAGCAUCUUCAGGGAUUGAAGUUCCAUUCCCUAAUGUCCCUGAUAUUGUUGAACAUGAUGAAGAUGAAGUGCCAAACUUGGUUCCCAUUGCUGUUGAGGAGAUGGAAGUGGUUCCUUCGGAACCUCUGGAGGAAGAUGCCGGUUGGUCUGCAGGGAAGCGUCUAAGAAAGUGUAGGAAUGGCGUUAAAGCUUCUGGUGAGAGUAAGAAAAAGGCAAAGAACAGCAAAUUGAAGAAGAAUAAGAGUUCUGAUUCUGAUACAGAAAAGGGUUCUACAAAUAAGGACAAUAAGAAUGCGCUUGUUGCAAAUUGUGAGAAAUUGAAUAACGAACCAAUUAGUGAUGGUGAUUUAGUACCGAUUAAUGAAUCUGUGAUAUCAAACCUCCAGCUGCAGUUUGAGAAGAUUGCUGCUGAAGCUGGCUUGGAGAGUGAUGUUACAAGUAGUUGUGGUUUGCGUAAAAUUGCUGUUCCUGCUGUCUCGAAGAAGAGAAAAAGGGGAAAGACUAUGGAUAAGAAGCAAUCUGGUGAAGGGGAUCCUGAAGUUGGCAUGGCUGCAAAGAGUGGGGAGAAGAGUGCAAAGAAGGUAAAGUUUUCAAUGAAAAAUAAUUUGGUAUGGAAGCCUCAGACUCCUUUACCUCCACAAGACUUGAGAUUACCUCCCUCUGUUACUCCAAGAGGAAGUGCACUUAAGAAAGGGGUACCUCCAGGUCCCAUUAGGGAGAUCCCUACUCCACCUAAGAAGGUGAGAUUGAGGGCUGUUACUGUUAAAAAGGCCAGGAAGGCCUUAAAGCGGCGUAAGACUUUGAAAUCUCGUUCUACCUAGUUGAAGUCGUGUUGGAGGCCACUGGAGAGCUUAGGCUCAAGUUUUACUUCUCACCCAAACUUGUUGGGGGUAUUGUGUUGAACUCGGUGCAAUAUUCUGGAGCAGAUGGUCAUAAUUUUUAUGGUUGGUUUUUAAGGAUGGAGAGAGUGGGACGAUGGAGACAAAAGUGCUGAAGUAGCUAUAUUUAUUCCUACCCAAAAAACAAAAAAAAAAAAAAAAACAAAAAAAAAAAAAAGAAAAAGAAAAGAAGGAACAAACGAGGUAGCCUUUACUGAAAAUCAAGGCCUAGUUUAGUAACUAGUUAAUUACUUGCUUUACCCUGUUUAUUUAAGUUUUCUUGCUUUGGAAAGCUUAGUAUAACUUCAAAACGAGUGGUUUUUGUUUGCUUUAUAGAUGAAUUUUAGUGAUGGAAGAAGUAUAGAUCAAAUUAAAAGAUUA